AUGCUGCUCCUCUAACAUCUUUGGCCAGGCCAGUGUAGUGAUAGCACUACUAUAGCAACCAGAAUCUCAGAGACUGCUGUGUUCUGUGGUGCCAGAGUCUAGGUGCUGGGCAGGAAUGUAGCUGUGAAGGUUGCUCUUUUAGGGUUUCUGCAGAAGGUGUCAUCCAGGGGAAAGAUAUACAUGUAACUCCUGACUCAGACUCUGCCAUCCCAUCCUAAACCAAAAGAGAGGAGACAAAGGAACUUGGCAUAAGCUAUAGCAAGGAGAUUGCCAUAUCUACACCAGUCCAUUCAAAGAUUAGAUUUUCUCCUGGUGGUGUUGGAAGCCAGAUCCAUCUUCACCAUGAGUACUCUAUUUGGGCAGUAUGAUCCCGGUGGCCGAAUUCAAGCAGUUCACAGACCAGCAGCCAGCCUUCAAGGUUCUCAAGCCAUGGUGGGAUGUGUUGGCCGAGUACAUCACCAUAGCCAUGCUGAUGAUAGGAGUUUUUGGCUGCACUUUGCAAGUGACACAAGAUAAGAUUAUCUGCCUUCCCAACCAUGUGCCUGAUGGCACAACCUUCACUGGUGCAUCUUGUGAAGAUUUCACGAAAAAGAGAGCCAAUACCUCCGAGCCAAUAGGACCCUCUGCCAACCAGCGAAUGAAUGGAUUGAAGAACAACCUAGACCUCCAACAGUACAGCUACAUCAAUCAGAUGUGCUAUGAGACGGCCCUCCAUUGGUAUGCCAAAUACUUCCCAUACCUUGUGGUCAUCCACACCCUCGUCUUCAUGGCGUGCACCUCGUUCUGGUUCAAGUUUCCUGGGACCAGUUCCAAGAUUGAGCAUUUUAUCUCCAUCCUGAGCAAGUGCUUUGACUCGCCCUGGACUACUCGAGCCAUCUCUGAAGUGUCUGGGGAUAACCAGGAAAAUGCAGUUUUAGAGAAGGGGUAUCGGAGGAGGAAAAGCAGUGCCCCCAGCGAGACAGCUGAACUCAACCCCCCCGGGGGAUCAGUGUCAGAAAAGAAGGUUUCAGAAUCCUCUCCAGCUAGCCUAUUGGACAAAAAGGAAGGGGAGCAGGCCAAGGCUCUCUUUGAAAAAGUGAAGAAGUUCCGGCUCCACGUUGAAAAAGGAGACAUCCUUUACACCAUGUAUAUCCGCCAAACCGUUCUCAAAGUCUUCAAGUUUCUCGUCAUCAUUGCCUACAAUGCAGCCUUGGUUCCCAAUAUCAGCUUCAUUGUGCCAUGCACUGUCAGGAUGGAGGACAUGACGGGCUAUGGCCAUUUCUGCUGCAACCACACCAAAGCCCACCUCUUCUCCAAACUGGCCAUCUGCUACAUCUGCUUCCUUGGCAUAUACGGCAUGACGUGUCUCUACACGCUCUACUGGCUGUUUCACCGGCCGCUGAAAGAGUACUCCUUUCAAUUUGCACGCAACGAGACAGGCAUCAGCGACAUUCCUGAUGUCAAGAACGACUUUGCUUUCAUGCUCCACCUCAUUGACCAGUACGAUUCCCUCUACUCCAAGCGCUUUGCUGUGUUCCUUUCUGAGGUCAGUGAGUUCAGACUCAAGCAGAUCAACCUCAGCCAUGAGUGGACGGUGGACAAACUGCGGCAGAAGCUGCAAACCAAUGCCCAAGGCCGGCUGGAGCUCCAUCUCUUCAUGCUGCCAGGGUUGCCUGACACCACCUUUGAGCUGAAUGAGCUGCAGUCCCUGAAGCUGGAGCUCCUCAAAGAUGUGACAUUCCCACCCUCAGUGACUCAGCUGGCCCAACUCCAGGAGCUCACAUUGAUCAACUCUCCUGUCAAGCUCUCUUUCACCUCUCUUAUGUUCUUCCGUGAACAGCUGAAGGUAAUGACUGUGAAGUUUGAUGACAUCAAAGAUAUACCACUAUGGACCUACAACUUGAGAGGCUUGGAAGAGUUGCACAUCUCAGGACUUUUCAGCCCAGAGAUGGGCCGGGCAGGAACUCUGGAGAACCUGCGUGAGCUGAGGAAUCUGAAGACCUUGACUCUGCACAGCAACAUCUCAAAACUGCCACCUAGCGUGUCUGAUGUUGCUGCCCAUCUGCAGAAGCUCAGGAUCUACAAUGAUGGGACUAAGCUAGUGACCCUCAACAACCUCAAGAAGCUCUUCUCUGUGCAAGAAGUGGAGCUGAUAAACUGCAACCUGGAACGCAUCCCCCAUGCUGUCUUCAGCCUGGUGAACAUGCACCAGUUGGACCUCAAGGAUAACCAGCUGCAGUCCAUUGCGGAGAUCAUCAGCUUCCAGCAUUGCCGCAAGCUGGUGUGCCUCAAACUUUGGCACAACCACAUUUCCAGCAUUCCUGAACACUUCCGCAAGCUCAAGACCUUAGAGCAGCUUGACCUCAGCCAUAACCGCAUUGAGGUCCUCCCUUCCCAACUAUUCCAAUGUUCUAGGCUGCACACUUUGGACCUUUCCUAUAACAAUAUCCAGGUCAUCCCUCCUGGGAUGGGAGUGCUGCAGAGCCUUCAGCAUUUUGCCAUUUCUCACAACUCCUUAGAGGCACUGCCAAAUGAAAUCUUCUUCUGCAAGCAGCUCAGGGUUCUCAAAGUAGGACACAACAAACUGCAUCGCCUCUCUGACCGUGUGAGUUGGCUGCCUUCACUCUCCACACUAGACUUGAGAGGAAACCCACUUCAGGCCCUUCCCUUGGAGAUUGGCCAGUGCCCAGUGCUCAAACGGAGUGGCCUGCUGGUGGAGAGCAAUCUUUAUGAGGCGUUGCCUUUGGAAAUUAGGGAAAAAAUGGAGGAUCAGUGAUGGGGAGAAUGAUAAAUGGGACCUCUCAUGUGUUGGCCCCAUUGAGUCCAAACAUGGACUGAAUGGAGGAGCUGGCUGAAGUUCUAUCUUCGGCUGGAACCAAGGAGGGAAUGGGAACUUUUCACCCUAAUAAAGGGAGCAAAGGAAUUGAAAAGACACAACAAAGAGCAAAAGUAGAAAGUGACUUU